AUGCAACAAAACACACCACAAAAACCACAAACACCAUCAGAUGAAAGUUAUCGAUUUUAUCAACUCCUUCUAUUUAACUUCUCACAGUUUAUUGCGGAUGAAGAAUUCAACAGAUAUUGGGAUGUUUUCACUGGAGAAAAAGGAUUUGAAACACUUGCACCAGAAGAUAAACCAUGGGAGACAGAAGGAGCAAAUCUCGAAGAAUAUUUCAACUAUGGAUUUAAUGAAAAGACGUGGUCGGGGUAUGCAAAGAAACUGAGAGAAAAAAGAAAUCACAACAGUGGACACAACAGUCAAAACAAAAUAAGCAAUCAUGGACUUAGAACCAAAAAACAAAAUAAAAAAUGA